UCUGGGAUAGCCUUGACCCACCACCUCAGUGCAAAAGUCUAAUUUCUGAAGACUGCAAUAAGUUUUGAGCUAUUUCUGCAAGGGUCAUCAAUAUCCAGGGAUCUUAAAUCUGAGCUUAAACCUGUCCAAGGUCAAGAGGAGUUCUGUCCCCAGGGAUUCCUAUCCACUGAACAUAAUCAAGGACCCCAGGCACAGAGAACCAAACUAUUAUAUCAAAUCUAAUCUUUAAAAUGGAAGAAGCCAAAAACCCAAGUUUGGAAGAAGACUUUGAAGGACAGGUGACACAUACAGGACCCAAAGGAGUAAUACAUGAUUGGAGAAAGUUUAAAUUAGAGAGCGAAGAUAACGACUCAGUCCCACCGAGCAAGAAGGAGAUUCUCAGACAAAUGUCUUCUCCUCAGAGUAGGGAUGACAGAGACUCAAAGGAAAGAUUCAGCAGAAAGAUGAGCAUUCAAGAAUAUGAACUAAUCCACCAAGACAAAGAAGAUGAAACGUGCCUUCGUAAAUACCGUAGACAGUGUAUGCAGGAUAUGCACCAGAAGCUGAGUUUUGGGCCUAGAUAUGGGUUUGUGUACGAGCUGGAAACUGGGGAGCAAUUCCUGGAGACCAUUGAAAAGGAGAAGAAAAUCACCACCAUCGUUGUUCACAUUUAUGAAGAGGGCAUUAAAGGCUGUGAUGCUCUGAACAGUAGCCUAACAUGCCUUGCAGCCGAAUACCCUAUGGUCAAGUUUUGUAAAAUAAAAGCUUCUCAUACAGGUGCGGAGGACCGCUUUUCCUCUGAUGUACUCCCCACACUGCUCGUCUACAAGGGUGGGGAACUCAUAAGUAAUUUUAUUAGUGUUGCUGAACAGUUUGCUGAAGAAUUUUUUGCUGGGGAUGUGGAGUCUUUCCUAAACGAAUAUGGGUUACUACCUGAAAGAGAGAUACAUGCCCUAGAGCAGACAAACAUGGAAGAAGAUAUUGAAUAAGAUUCCCUAUGUCAAUAUUUCAUAUUACUCUUUUACAUAUUGAACAUUGAUUUGGUAGUUUCCAUAUUCUUUUAGAGAAUACCAAGUAUGGACAUAGCUAGUCUAAUGUGGAAAUAAAAUCAGGUUGACACUAA